AUACGUCAAGGCUGUGAAAGGUCGAUCGGGUGAUACAUUGGGCGACUGGUCGCAUUUAUAAUGAUUGACUACAGGGUCUUGUGAGCCUUCUGGUGGUUUCGUCAGCACAUCAUUUGUCAUACGUUGGAUUUAUAUCUUGAAGUAUACUAUCAAACAGCGGAUAUGAUUCAGGACUCCGAACCUCAGAAGCUGCUCUCCAGCAAUGCCGAUCCUGUAAGAUCUAGUGCAAUGCAAAAGAAAAUACGACGAAAGUAUUUUAAAGAUGAUGCUGUAAUUAAAGCUUAUAAGUGUGAUUUAAUGAGUCAGAAUAUAAAUACUCCUGUUAAGCUAUACGUUUGUCAUUCGGCCUUAAAUCUUGUCCAUCGUCCGAAGCGAAAAAUGCUGACAGCACUUCUCUACAAUCAAAUCGCUGAACUUAAAGUCCAAAAUGAACACCAUGUAAAUAUACAUACCACUAGCAACGAGACGUACACUUUGGCUAACUUUGAACGACCAGACUCAGCUAUAGCUUUUCUACGCAAUUAUUGGGAGGUCAUUUUAAAAGAAAAGUGUUUUUCUACAUCGUAUGGAAGUUCUCCAGCUAACAGAUUAUUUGCUAACAAUAAUAAUAACACUAAUGAUCCUUUAACUCACCCAAAUGCAAUUAUAAGUGAUCUCUACAAUCGUUUGCUGAUUUCAAAAGGUUCAACUACUGUCAGUUUAACAAGUACCAGUGGUGGUGCCACAGGAAGUAUUAGCAAUAGUGAAACGGAUAGCGUCGUCGGUGUAAAAAAGCAAGAAUCUUCAAUUCGUAAAUUCAGUCUGAACGUUCGUAAACCAUCUUCCAUUGAAUUAAAUCAUUUAAAUGAAGAAACAACAAAUAAAAAUGUCGAUAUUGGAUCCAAUGUUGUUACUCAAUGUAAUGAUGAUUCCAAUACUACCAGCCCAGUUGUAAAUAAUCUAUAUUCCACUUCAACCCCUUCAAAUAUCCCUAUGAAACGCAAUAAUACUUCAGUUUAUCAACAUACUAAACCUUACAACAACGAAACAGUCAAUACUAAUAAUAUUAAUAAUAGUAAUAAGUUUGAUUUUAAUAGACCAAAUGUUACCAUUUCAACUGAUUGGAAUUGGUGGCCAUUUAAUGUCCUUACCUAUCUGUUUCAUGCUUCUCCUUCACAAAGAUUUACCAUGAUGAUUGCAUAUGCCAUUUUAGGUUUUUUGUUUUUGUCAACAAUACAUCUUUAUCAUCGAUUAGCAUUAAUUGAUUUACAAACUGGUCCAGCUAUACGUCGUGCUGGAAUUAAUCAUCCAUCAUCUACAUCUACUUUAGAAUUGCAUAAUUUAGAAGCACAAUUAACUCAUUUAACUCAACUUGCUUCAAAAAUGGUUGAAGCUCUUGGUCAUUUAACAUCAGAAUUAAAUAGUUUUGUGUUAUAUUCUAAUCCAGAGAAAUUUUCACCAGAUCAAUCAACUUUAAAUACAUGAUAUUAUUGUAUACAAUAUAUUAUUAUUAUUAUUACUAUUAUUAUUAUUAUAUGUCUCGUCAUAUUGUUGCAUUUCAUUUCAACAGUUUUGUUUGUUGAUUUCUCUUCGUUUGUUUCAACUAAUAUGAAACCAUUCAACAUGAUCAGAUCAAAACAUGCGCGCAUACGCACACAUACACACACACACAUAUAUAUACACAUACAAGCGUAUUCCAGUGUUAUCAUCUAACAAGUUAACGUAUACACUUGUUUUUGUACAUAUCCUUCCUUAUGAAUGUAUUUCUUCUUUUUGUUUUUAUGUAUAGUCCAUUAUUAUUUGUCUAAACAGUAUCUACAAUUUAUCACAUUAUAUUGAUCUCAUGAUUUAGAAAAGAAAAACAAAAAAAAAGAAUAAUACUCUCCAUUACUACUACUACCCUUUUUUUAUCCAUUUUUUGUUUCUCCUUUCAAAAAAUUAUGCACUACUACCUCUCUUUUCGAUUUUGUUAUUCAUGUAAUAAAAAGUUAAUUGUGUUGUUACCAUUAUCUCACAAUUUUCUAAUGUGGUUCUAUAUUUUCAUUAUAUACUAUCAUUAGUUAUAAUAGUAAUAAUAAAAGGUGGUACCACACAAUGUUUCAUUCCUUCUCUUUUCUUUGAUUUUCCCUGUCACUUUUUCAUCUCUCUCUCUCUCUCUCUGUUAUGUGCUAUACAUAUUGACUUGUAAUUCUAAUAACAAGUACGUUUACACCAUAAGCUCAGAAUAAUAUUUCUUAUUUAUGCCUAUAUUCUACUCUAUUUAACUUACCUUUUAGAGAGAUGCACAAAAUGUACAUGUUAACGUGUUUGCUUACUCUAAUCUAUGUAGUGCAUGUGUGCAUGCAUUUCUGUUCUCUUGUUCUAAUGUAGGUGUCUAUCUUAUUUUUUCCAAUUUAAUGUUUAUCCUAUCAGCUAUACAUAGAUGACUAGAGUUUGAUCUGGAUCAAUCGGCUGUUGCGAAUUUCAUUCUUAUCAAGUAGUUUGUUUCUAAAAGACUUUUAGGAUUAAUUCAUCUAUUUGAUUGUUAUUGUAAUUUCAUAUUCAAUCUCUCCUUCUUUGUAUUCUCUACGAUAAUAAGUCUUUCAAUAUGAAACUUGACUACCAUUUUAUUUUCACUAUUACUACCACUACUAACUACUACUACUACUACUAAAUACUGUGUACGUUUGUGUCCCAAGUUUCUGUGUAAUAAUUAAUUUUUUGUUUGUUUACUACCAUAAUUAUUAUUCUUGUUGAUAUUUUGUUCUUGUUCUCGGUAACUUUCUUUAUCUGAUUUCGGUAUUUCAUUUCUUCUUCUCUCCUCAUCCUCCUCCCUCACGUCCUACAACAAACUCUUUAUUUGUUGUUGUUGUUUGUUUGUUUAACUCAUCUUUCCAGUUGAAAAAGAUGUAUUGUUAUUGUUGUUUUCUCUGUUUGUUUGCUUCUUUGUCUUUUUUUCAAGGUAAAGUGAUUAUUCGUUCUUGUUAAGUCUAGUUCAUCUUUCCAUUGAUGUUGACUUACAUGUUUAUCAUUAUAAUUAAUGAUAAUAUUUGUACUGAUUACUAUUAUACAUACAUAUGUUGUAUGUAUUGUAAACAAAAUGACAAAUCCGAUUUUAUCAGUAAUAAAGUAAUUUAAAUUAUAUUA